AUGGCCGUUUACAUAUACGGAACUCUCUUCUUGGUCGCCCUACAUUGUGUAAUGGGCUUUGCCCGCUAUUUCAUUCCACGGCAUAAAGACAAUGUAUUAGUAUUUUUCAUAGUUUUUGCAUUUUUCUGUGGCUUCGUCUACUAUAAUCGGAUAGGUACUCGUCAUGUAUUGCCAGGGCCUAGACUUGUACGAGAUACGCGUCUGUGGUAUAAGCCACAAACCGCUGAUCCGAGUGCUCCAGGGGAGGGAGGGGCAGCGGUAGUACUCAAAGGAGAAGACCAAGCUCAAGGAGAAAAGGAUAUGAAGGAAUGGUUCAUGAACGUCAAGGCCAGCGACAUGAUCUCGUUGGACAGAACUCUUCCAGAUACACGACGAUCUGAAUGUCUGAAUAUUAAAUAUGAUCUCGAAAAGCUUCCUCAGGCUUCUGUCAUCAUCAUUUUCACCGAUGAGGCAUGGACUCCUUUGAUGAGAACCGUGCAUUCGGUUGUCAAUCGUAGUCCACCUCAGCUCCUGAAAGAAGUGAUUUUACUAGAUGAUAACAGUCAGCGAGAAGAACUGAAAGAUCAUUUGGAUGAAUAUAUUCUUCGCUUCCAUGGUGUGGUGCGAGUAAUACGAAAGAACAUCAGACAAGGCUUGAUCAGGGCUAAAUUGGCAGGAGCACGAGAAGCUACGGGGGAAGUCGUUGUCUUUUUAGAUUCGCACUGUGAAGCAAAUGCGGGAUGGUUGGAGCCACUGGUGCAGCGGAUUAGUGAGAAACGUAGUGCGAUAAUCUGCCCGACCAUCGAUCAUAUAGAAGCCAAAACUAUGCAAUACUAUGGAGAUCCAUAUGCAUCUUCCGUUGGAGGUUUUUCUUGGGCUCUGCACUUUACUUGGGAAAAGAUGCCAGAGAGGGAACAGAAUCGAAGAAAAAGUCCAACCGAAUAUAUCAGAUCUCCUACAAUGGCAGGUGGUUUGCUUGCUGCCAACCGAGAGUAUUUCUUCGAGGUCGGUGGCUACGACGAAGAGAUGGAUAUCUGGGGAGGAGAGAAUCUGGAGAUCUCGUUUCGAACUUGGAUGUGUGGAGGAUCCAUAGAAUUUAUUCCAUGUUCACACGUAGGCCAUAUUUUCCGAGCUGGACACCCAUACAAUAUGACUGGACGUGGAGGCAACAAAGAUGUACAUGGUACAAACUCGAAAAGGCUGGCGGAAGUAUGGAUGGAUGAAUACAAACGGCUAUAUUACCUCCAUAGGCACGACUUGAAAGAUACUGACGUUGGAGAUUUGUCCUCUCGUAAAGCGCUACGUAAACGUCUUGGAUGCAAAUCUUUCAAGUGGUUUCUUGAUAAUAUCGCUCCCGGGAAGUUCAUUCCGGAUGAAGAUGUUCAGGCGUAUGGAACGCUUUUCACUACUGUCAACGGGUUUCGUAUGUGCACAGAUACACUCCAACGAGAUGAGCAUCAAAUACACAACCUGGGUGUUUUUCCAUGUCAGGGAAAAGGCAGCCCGCCUCAGUUGAUGUCGCUUUCGAAUGCCGGUCAUUUACGAAGGGAAACAAACUGCGCCGAAGUACAAGUUUCGGAAAAUCAACGCCGAGGUCUUAUCAGAAUGUAUCCCUGUCAUGAGAAGAGUCCAGUCUGGGACUACAAAGACACCAUGCUAAAAGAAAGGAACUCAGGACUGUGCUUGUCAACUGCCGGUUUGAAAGCAAGCGACGAUGUAAUUGUAGAAAUUUGUGAUAGUAGUAAUCCUCAUCAGAAGUGGCAAUUUGUUAAUCCCAAUUUAUAGAGCGCUUUAGAUUGUUUUUGAUGUUACUGGUAUAUACUGGAUGUGAUAGAAUGUGAUUCACCUCGCCUUGAGUGUUGUGACAAAACGUGCAAUUACUUCACUUUUUCUUAUCAAGUUGUUGUUUUACUUUUGUUAUUAUAUGGGUCUGAGUCAUGUCUCCAUCUCAAUGUGAUGCAAAGCAGUUAUUCAUUUGAACAUUCCAUGUGUUUUUGUAGCAUUUAGAGACAUUUGUGAUGAGAUCGUUUGCACCAUCAUGUCAAAAAAGUCAGUUUUGUGUAGAUAAAGCAAUAUUUAUUACUACCCGUAAGAAUUUAUCCAGUG